AUGGAUCCUGUUUAUAUUGUUGCUGCUGUUAGAACCCCAAUUGGUUCGUUCCAAGGCUCCUUGCAAAAGCUAUCCUAUGUUGAUUUAGGUUCCCACGCUGUUAAAUCUGCAUUGGAUACAGUCCCUCAAAUUUUACCCCAAGACAUUGAUGAAAUUAUUUUUGGUUGUGUCUUACAGGCAAAUAUUGGUCAAAACCCAGCUAGGCAAGUGGCAAUCAAAGCUGGCUUGCCUGACACUACCAUUGCUUCAACUGUCAAUAAAGUCUGUGCUUCGGGUUUAAAGGCAAUUAUUUUUGGUGCUCAAACAAUCUUAUGUGGUAAUGCUGACAUUAUUGUUGCUGGUGGUGCCGAGUCAAUGACCAAUGCUCCAUACUACUUACCAUCUGCUAGAACUGGCGCUAGAUAUGGUGACACUGUUUUAGUUGAUGGUCUUCAAAAAGAUGGUUUAUUGGAUGCUUAUAAUGGAAAAGCAAUGGGUGUAGCUGCUGAAAAAUGUGCUUUGGAUCAUUCAUUCUCAAGAGAAGAUCAAGAUGAUUUUGCCAUCAAUUCUUAUAAAAAAGCUCAAGAAGCUUGCAAAAACCACAAAUUCAAAUCAGAGAUUUCCCCAAUUAUCAUCCCCGGCUUUAGAGGCAAACCACCUGUCACUGUUUCUGAAGAUGAUGAACCAAAAAAUCUUAAUGAAUCAAAAUUAAGAUCAGCUAGAACAGUUUUUCAAAAAGAAAAUGGAACUGUCACUGCUCCAAAUGCUUCCCCAAUAAACGAUGGUGGAUCUGCUGUCAUAUUGGUGUCUGCUAAGAAAGUAAAAGAAUUGAACAUUAAGCCUCUUGCUAAGAUUCUCGGCUGGGGUGAAGCUGCAACCACUCCUGUCAAUUUCACCAUUGCACCUUCUUUAGCUGUUCCAAAGGCUUUGAAACACGCUGGCGUUUCCUUUGAUGAUGUUGACUUUUUUGAACUAAACGAAGCAUUUUCAGUUGUGGGUUUGGCUAAUGGCAAGUUAUUAAGCAUACCAGAAGAAAAGUUAAAUGUGUACGGUGGGGCUGUAGCUUUAGGCCAUCCUCUAGGUUGUUCUGGCUCAAGAAUUGUUGUCACUUUAAACAACAUUCUUCAUCAAGAAGGUGGUAAAAUUGGCGCUUGUGGUAUUUGCAAUGGUGGUGGAGGCGCCUCUGCACUUGUCAUCGAGAAAUGCGAAUAG